UUUUACUUUCUGGUAGCAACAACGUUGAAAAUGUUCAUACGAAUUUUCCGAGUGGACGAGAGCACACCAUUCGCGUUGGGGAAAGAAUCGCAUUUUCGUCAUCGCGAUUCAACGGGUUUCAAGAAAACGCGGCCUGCUUCAGUGACGCAAUGGCGUUAGGAUCGCAUUCGAAAUUACAAGAACUCUCCAAAUUCCUGAAACACAGUUUUGACAUCGAAACUACCCUGUCUCGGGAUGCGUGCUUCUCGUGUGGAAUGAGGCAACAGCUCGAUAAUAAAGUGAUGAAAAGAUGCCGCACCUGUAAUUCAACGAUUCACGAAGGGUGCAAAGAUUUCGUUGAAUUUCCAUGCGACCCAGACCUUCCGAAGGGUCCCAUCGACUACUAUGCGCCGGAACAAGCUCCGAGGAUACCGAUCCUGGUGAUCGCCUGUGUCAAAGCGAUUGUGUCGCGUGGUAUGAAGACGGAAAAAUUGUAUUUGACGGACGGACACCCUCACGUAGCGAGGGUGUUGACGGAGGAUUUCUUCAACAACGGAAGAGUUCGAAAUCUCAAUGGACUCGACGUGCACUCGAUAACGAUGGCUUUGAAAAAAUGUCUGUCCUCGUUCAGCGGGCGGCUGAUCGAUGGUCAGCUUCGGGCCGAGUUUGUGAGCGCGAGUUUUAUAAACGAAAAACUCGAACAAGACGAAGCGCUUUACCAAGCGCUUCUCAAGCUCCCGCAACCGAAUCGCGAGACUCUCGCUCUCGUUAUUAAGCAUUUGCAAAGAGUCGCGGCUACUCCGGAAUGCAAAGUAGAUCUGCUCGAGCUUUCCCAAGAAUUCGCACAGAUUCUCGUUGGCAGGGGAAAACGAGAAACACCCGAAACUGUGAAGGACGCUGAGUGGGUUUACCAGUUCACGAUCGUCGAUAAUUUGCUGAAACUUUCCUCGGAACAUUGGAAUAAACUCACUAGCUUUUCGGUUGUUCCAACGCCAGCCGCCAAGCGUCGUAGCCGUUUCUUCUAAAGUGGCUCCGAAUCUCGGAGGCCAAGUCAUCCAAUUUUCCAGGAACCCGAAUAUGGAUCGUCUGGCUUUUUUCCAACUUCCUCUUCGCCCUCGUUCGAACGCUUGUAACGAAUAACGCAGUGUGAGGAGAAAAGUAAGCAGCGAGAAAUAUAGUCUCCUCGGUACCUGUGACGUUGUGAUGAUUUUUUAAUUCUCGUUGGGAGUACAAUGAUUAAUUGUAAAGAUUAAAGCUCAUCGAUGGAAACGAAAUGGUCAAGCUUCCUUUUCAUUAAUUUCAAAUGUAUUAAAAGCAGAAAAUACAGAAAUAAAGAAAAACUUUGACGAAAAA